AUGGCAAACCAAGGAGUAAAAUGGCACUUCAUACCACCAGCAUCUCCACACUUCGGCGGACUCUGGGAAGCUGGAGUGAAAUCAGUCAAGCUUCACCUAAAAAACACAAUUGGCGACACCCAUCUUACGUAUGAAGAAUUCGCAACCUUACUUUCAAAAAUAGAAGCUUGUCUCAAAUUCAGGCCAUUAUGUCCAAUGACUGGUACUCAAGAAGAUUUAGAAUCGUUAACACCAGCUCAUUUCUUGAUGGGCUCAAAUAUGUUCUGCAGAGAUACAGACAACGUUCUCGAUAUAAAAGAGAACAAACUGACACGAUGGGAAUAUUUAAAUAAACUAAACCAACAAUUCUGGAAGAGAUGGUCAUCGGAAUAUCUCACAGGACUACAAAAACGUCCCAAAUGGACAAAUACAUCAAAUAACAUUGCAGACGGUGAUCUGGUCCUUAUACGAGAAGAUAACAUUGCUCCAGCAAAUUGGUGUAUGGGUAGAGUUCAAACAACAUAUCCGGAAAAGAUGGAUAUGUCCGAGUUGUUACAGUUAAGACUCCAUCUGGAUAUUUAA